AUGUCACCGAAGCCUGGCCCGUUGUUUCACGUCCCAUGGCGGUGGAUGGGAGGCUUCAAGUAUAUGAUCCUUGCGCCGUUCCUCGCGCGAGCCGUGCACGCGCACCUGUACGGCGGCGAUGACGUGGACUCGUGGAGCUUCCACAUGGUGCUGCUGGCGCUGCUGCGAUUCGCGCACGGCAACCUCUGGAUGGCCGUGGCGCGCUGGCCGUACCUGAUCGACCGUUACAGAAUACAAAAGAAAGGGAUUAAUUUUGAACAAGUGGAUCGCGAGUCGCACUGGGACGACGCAAUCAUCCUCCAAGCCCUCGUGAUCACCGCCCUUCGCGAAUGGUUACCAGGCGCGCGAAACCUCCCGCUCUUCAGCUGGCCCGGAUUAGCACUAGUCCUGGCGCUGCACGUGGGACCCGUGGAGUGCCUCUACUACUGGUGCCACCGUUUUAUGCACACUCCGUUCUUCUACGCGAGCUACCACUGCCACCACCACGCGUCUGUCACGACGGAACCGACCUCGGCGCACGUACACACGUUCCUGGAGCAGAUCGGGCACGCGCUGCUGCUGUGCGUGCCCGUGGUGGGCACGUGGCUGCUGGGCGGCGCGUCCAUCGGCGCGCUGUACGCGUACUGGCUGGCGUGUGAUUGGCUGAACGCCAUGGGGCACUGCAACUUUGAGUUUGUGCCCGUGUGGCUGCUUCGCGCGCUGCCGCCACUCAAGUACCUCGUGCACACGCCCACGUAUCACUCUCUGCACCACUCGGAACCGAGCAGCAACUACUGCCUGUUCAUGCCAGUAUAUGACCUGGUAGCGGGCACCGUCAACCCGAACACGGACCACGUGCACAAGGAGGCGCGCAGAGGUCCAGUAGAGAACCCGGAUUUUGUGUUCCUGGGCCACGGCGUGAACCUGCAGUGCUUCUUUCAUCUGCCCUUCCUCAUGCCGUACGGCUCCACGCACCCAUUCAAACCGACCUGGACCACUUUCGCGCUGCUCUUACUGUGCCUGCCGGCCUACUUUGUGCUGUGGUUCAUCUGCCCGCGCUUUCCCGUGGAUAAGAAGCGCUUGAGAGGGCUCAAGCUGCACAUAUGGAUGGUGCCUCGCUUCGGAAUUAAUUAUUUCAUCCCCUUUGAGAAGCGAUCCAUUAACAAUUUUAUAGAGUCGGCCAUUCUAGCAGCGGACAAGCAAGGAGUGAAGGUCCUGGCCCUGGGCGCCCUCAACAAGAACGAGAGCCUCAACGGCGGCGGCAAGCUGUUUCUGGAUCGGCACCCGGACCUCAAGGUUCGGUUGGUGCAUGGGAACACGCUCACAGCGGCCAUCAUUCUGAGGGAGAUCCGAGAGGACGCGACUGAGGUGUUUCUGACCGGGUCGACAUCGAAACUCGGCCGGGCGAUUUCUCUUUACCUUGCGUUGCGGGGCGUGCGAGUGCUGAUGCUGACCCCCUCUAGAGAGCGCUUUGAAGCCAUUCGAUCAGAGCUACCAGAGGAGAGGCAGCACCUGCUGGUGCAGGUGACACAGUAUUCGCAGGCCAGCCAGUGCCCCGUGUGGAUCAUCGGCAAGGGCAUGAUGUGGUGGGAGCAACGGCACGCGCCGCCCGGCACGCACUUCCACCAGUUUGUCGUGCCGCCCAUCGCCGAGGUCCGGCCGGACUGCACGUACGGCAAGCUGGCCGCCAUGCGGUUACCGGAUGACAUUGAGAACCUCAAGUUUUGCGAGCUGGCCCUGCCUCGUGGGCACAUCUAUGCGUGCCAUGCAGGGGGCCUGGUGCAUCUGCUGGAGGGGUGGGACUACCAUGAGGUGGGCCACGCGUUAGCACUCAAUAGCUUGUACAAGCACACCAUGGAUCCCCCAGCUCGUUCUACAAGCAUUGCAGGAUCGCCCGCUUCGGCCGAUUCGCGGGAGUCGACUAGGGGCUACGUGCAGAUGGUGCAGCACCUGAUUGAACGAUGCCUGCUGCUCAAUUUGAGCCGUGAGGAGUGCGUCGUCGCUCUAGCGAAGCACGCGGGGGUCAAGCCUGCUAUCACUGCCACUGUGUGGAAAGCUUUGGAGAAGGAGAACCAGAGCUACUUCCUCGAGUAUUCCAAGCAGCGGAUUCGGCGACGGGCUGAGAGUCAACGGUUGCGUGCGCAGUACGCUAAGGACUGUGCCGAUAGAGUCUCUCAGUGCAUGGACGUCUGGCGGCUGCCCUCUUCGGAGCAGAAGCCUACAUCCGACGCGUUGUAUUGCCGUCUCAUGGCGGACCAUAUCCCGGUCUCUAACGUGGCUCCGCCUGAUCGGUUUUACCUCGCCUAUUUCAUCUUCCUGCUGCUGGGAGUCGGUUUCCUCCUCCCGUGGAAUGCCUUCAUCACAGCCGUUGAUUACUUCUACCUGCUCUAUCCGACGGCCCACGUCGCGACGCUGUUUUGCGUCGCUUACAUGUUCGCCAACCUCGGCACUCUGAUUCUCGUUCUCUUGUACGGCCAGCAUGUUCCCUCUCGCACGCGAAUCGUCCACGGCUUCAUCGCCUUCACUCUCCUCGUCCUCCUUGUUCCCGCACUCGACGCGCUCUCCGCUCCUGGCACCAACGCUCCCGGCGCCCUCCAAGACACGGAUGCUCCCGCUUUGGCCGGUAAAUCCGCCGCGGAUCUCGCCGUGAAACCCGCCGCGUCGUCGCCGCUGGCGCUGGCGCUGACAGUGGCGGCGGUGGCGGCGUCGGGGGCGAUCGAUGCGGUGGUGCAGGGGAGUCUGUUCGGUAUGGCGGGCGAGCUGCACGAGCGGUACACGCAAGCCCUGGCCGCUGGAACCAGCGUUUCAGGCCUCGUCGUAUCCGCAGUGCGCAUUUUGACCAAGGCGGUUCUCCCCAACACGCCCACGGGCCUGCGCCUCUCCGCGCACCUCUACUUCCUGCUCUCCUCGCUCAUCCUCCUCGUCUGCCUCCUCGCCUUCCGCCGCCUCCACUCGCUCCCCGUCAUCGUCUUCCUCCAAUCCCAGGUCGCCGCCCUUGCCGAGGCUGAGCGCCUGGCUCGGGACAAGGCUCGGAAGGAGGCUCGGCUAGCCGGGUCUGGCUCGGGAGCUGGAGGAGUACCGGCAAUCUGCCAUGGUGGGAGUGGGCGAGGGGGAAAGGAAGGGAGGGCGGAAGGACAUGCUGGGGAAGGGCGCGUGGGGGAGAGUGUGGAGGCGGACAGACAGUCGGAGGAAAGGGAAGGGGAAGGGGAAGGAGAGGUUGCUGCGGAGAGGGGUCCGGCGGGUGCGGGUGAGGACGAGGCUUUAGAGCCGCUGGUGAAGCGAGAGGCGACGAUAGAGGAGGAGCAGGUGAUCCGACAGCUGCUGCAGAUUGAAGACGAGGCGGAGUGCGCCAGCAGAAGCGAGAUAGCAGAGUUGGACGGGGAAGGGGAGGGUGCAAAGUCUGAUGCGCUCGGAUCGUGGUACCCCAUCCUCCUCAUAAGCAUCUACAAUGUCUUUGAUUUCUUCGGAAAAAUGGCGCCGGUAGUGUUCCUGGUGACGGAUCUGAAGGUAUUAGUGGUUCUAGUGCUGGCAAGAGGGGGGUUUUACAUUCUUUACCCCAUCUGCGUGUGGUGGGGCCCGCUAUGGGCUCGGCAUGAGGUCAUCAUUGCUGCAAUCACGGGGGCAUUUGGGUUUUCUAACGGGCUGUUGACGAGCCUGCUUAUGAUGGCUGCUCCAAACCAGGUGCCUCGGGACCGAGCCGAAUCGGCUGCUAUGGUGAUGGUGAUUUUUCUGGUGGUGGGGCUGUUUAUUGGUUCUCUGCUCAGCUGGGCAAGGCUUGGCUGGUAA